GAGCAGCUGAGGAGGAGUUGGGAAGACCUAGCAGUGGAGAGUUCACAUGAUGCGAGGGGCGGCUGCCGGCCGGGACACUGCGAGCAGCAGCGGGACCUGCCCACGGCUUCCAGGUUCUGGACAACAGCUGAGACCGGCCGAGCCUCCAGGAGAUGCUGAUGCUGAUGUGGAUGCAGAGGAUGAAGAUUCUGUUAAUGAAGUAGCAGUAGAAGACAUCCGUCCAAGGCCACAGGGAUCCUCUCCAGUUUAUGAAUAUUCCAUAGAAGAAGAAUAUUUAAAGCUUCAGGAAGAAAACAAAAAACAUUCUACAGGCAAAUCAAAACAAAGCCAUCCACAGGAGACAAUGGAAGUGACCCUGAAAACAGAAGCGGAAGCUGGUGCUAGUGGUUUUAGUGUGACAGGUGGAGGAAAUGAAGGAAUAUUUAUUAAAAAAGUACUUAAGGAGUCUCCUGCUUCAAAAAUAUUUAGUCUGAGAGAAGGUGAUCAGCUUCUAAGUGCUACAAUAUUUUUUGAUAAUAUCAAAUAUGAAGAUGCACUCAAGAUUCUCCAAUACUCCGAGCCAUAUAGAGUCCAAUUCAGCCUCAAAAGAAAAAUUACUGGUAAAGAAGAGCCAGAACACAGCCAAUCUGCUGCCCAGUACAAAAAGGAAAGAAUAAGCCAGGAAAGAGAAUUCAGUGAGAGUAUUCCUGAGGAAACACUGCAUGUUGCAGGAAAAGCCAUUUCCGAAGAGGACAGAGAAACAUUAAUUGUAAGCCAAAGGUCAGGAAGAAGCAAGAGACCUAAAAAAGACAGAUUAUCAUGGCCAAAAUUCCAGUCAAUUAAAAAUAAAAAGAUCCUGGGUCACAGAAGAUCUCAUAGUACAUCCGAUGCAUACGAGUCUGCUAUGCAGGAUAUUUCCCCUACAAGCACAGACACAGAGUCUCAAUUCCAACAAGAGGUCCGUAUCAAAGGAAAAAAAGGAAGCCAAAAGAAACUGAAGUUCCCUAGCAUUGGAUUCAAAAUGCACAGAUCCAAACCAGAACCACAAGACAAGCAAAAAAAAGAAAUAAACACUACACUGUUAUCUGAAAAAGAAAAAACAGAUACAGAAGAUAUCAGCCUGAAAAAUCCUGAAACCCUAACUGUUGAAUACACAGCAUCUCCUGCUUAUGAAAUUACAACAGGAGAGAUGCAUGAAACCUUAACAAAAGACAUUAAAGAUAUGAAAAACGGCAUUCUGUCCCAAGCAAAAAUAUGCCCUGAAGUUGAAAUAAGCAUUAAAACAGACAAGGAAUCAACAUCAAAAUUUGCUAUAUCUGAAGUGCCAGCUAUAACGACGCAGAUAUCGAAGCCUGGUUUAGAAACAGCUGAUCUGAAAGAAAGUCCAAGUAAAGAAGCACUGCCAGCUUCAUCAAAAUCCCGAAAGAAGAAACAGAAAGGGACAGCAGAUAAAAAAGGAGGAGAAAGUGGAAUUAACAUACACUUGAUGGGUCACACAUCACAAGGAUCUAUCAAAGUAAAAGGUCUAGAAAUAGGCACCGCUAAAGCAGAAUUACACACAUCAUCUGACACACUGGAGAGAGGAGAAAAACAAGCAGAAGACAACAGACAAAUACUAACAAUUCAAACACCAAAAAUUGGAAUUUCAGUGCCCAAGAGAAAAGAACAAGAGAUGGAAAACACCAAGCUGGGAAGUGAUGUUCCCUAUUCAGAACCAGAAAAAAUAGUUGAUCAAAGUUCAGAGGAAGGCAAAACGUUGGAUAUGAAUCCUCAAAUUCCCGAUGCACAGUCAGAAGUGUCUACUUGGAAAACACAAAUGCCAUCAUUCAAAAUACCCAAAACACAGAAAGAGGGUGCAAAAUCACAAACUCUAACAACAGUGGAAACAAUAGAUACUGUAAAACAGGAAAACACAGAAUAUGGCAUGACCACAAGUGACAGAAUCUACAUUGCUGAUAAGACAGUGGAAAAAGAUACAGAGGGAAAAGAAAGCAAGUUCAGACUGCCAAAGUUUAAAUUACCCACAUUUACAUGGGCAAAUACAAAGGAAGAGGCAGAGCAAAUGCACAUUAGGGCAGGUGACAGGGAAGGAAAACUGCAAUCCACAGAAGAAGAGAUAAAAAUAGAUGUGAAAAUGUCGGGGGAGGAAAUGAAGAUUACAAGAAAGGAAAUAGAAAAGGGGACGAUCAAAAGUAAAAUCAGAGACAAAGAUACUGGAGAAACCUCAGAAGAUGACCAACUGAAGGGGAAAAAAACCAGCACUGAGCUACCUAAGAUCAAAGCUCCCCACGUGCAGGUCAGCCUGCCAAAGGCCGAGGUCUCGGUGCCCAAAGCCCAGGCCGAAGUCCAGGAGGGAGAAGUGGCCCUGCAGGCGCCCGACGUGGAGGGCGGCGUGGAGGUGGCUGCCGGCAAGGUUGAGGGCGGCGGCAUGAAAAUACACAUGCCGAAAGUCAAGGUGCCCAGCGUGGUCUUCUCCAAGCCGACCGUCAAGGCUCCCAAACUGGACGCAGACGUCAGCCUGCCCAAAGUUGACACCAGCCUCCCAGAGGCAGACCUCAAGGCCGGCACCGGCGACAUCAGCAUCACGGCCCCCGACAUCAAGCUGCCCUCCGUCGAAGGCUCCCUCGAGCUCCAGGCGCCCGAGAUAGACCUCAAAGGGGCCGCUGCCGAAGCCUCGCUCGACGGGGCCAAGCUGGAAGCCACAGGCCUGAAAGGGAAGCUUAAGAUGCCCAAGUUCGACAAGCCCAAAUUCGGAGUGUCGCUCCCCAAGGCAGAAGUGCCCGAAGGAGAGGUCAGCCUGCCCACCGUGGACGUCGCCCUCCCCUCUGCCACCGUGGAGGGCCCCGCCCUGGGCGUGAAAGCCGACGUCCCCGGUGCCAAAACCGAGGGGGAAGGCUGGAAGCUGGAGAAGCCCUCCCUCAAAAUGCCCAAAGCUGACAUCAAAGCUCCCACGGUGGACAUCAGCCUCCCGUCCGUCGACGUCAGCCUGCCAAAGGCCAGCGUCGACCUGCAGGCUCCCGAGGCCACCCUCACCCUCGAAGGGGAAGCAAAGAUCCCGGAGAAGGAGGCAGGCAAGACCAAGGAUGGCAAGUUCAAGAUGCCCAAGUUUGGCAUGCCUUCCUUUGGCUGGUCCAGCAGCAGAGAGCCCAAGGCCACUGUGGCCGCCGAUGUGGAUGUCAGCCUCAAGGAGCCCCAGGUGACGGUGCCCUCGGGAAGCGCCGACGUGGACGUGACUCUGCCCGGGGCCGAGAUCCAAGCGCCCGGCGUGGAGGUGAGCGUUGAGACGGCCGCCGGAGGAGACGGAGAGAAAGGCCGCUUCAAGAUGCCCAGCGUCAAGCUGCCCAAGGUCAAACUGCCCAAGGUCAAAGCUCCCCACGUGCAGGUCAGCCUGCCAAAGGCCGAGGUCUCGGUGCCCAAAGCCCAGGCCGAAGUCCAGGAGGGAGAAGUGGCCCUGCAGGCGCCCGACGUGGAGGGCGGCGUGGAGGUGGCUGCCGGCAAGGUUGAGGGCGGCGGCAUGAAAAUACACAUGCCGAAAGUCAAGGUGCCCAGCGUGGUCUUCUCCAAGCCGACCGUCAAGGCUCCCAAACUGGACGCAGACGUCAGCCUGCCCAAAGUUGACACCAGCCUCCCAGAGGCAGACCUCAAGGCCGGCACCGGCGACAUCAGCAUCACGGCCCCCGACAUCAAGCUGCCCUCCGUCGAAGGCUCCCUCGAGCUCCAGGCGCCCGAGAUAGACCUCAAAGGGGCCGCUGCCGAAGCCUCGCUCGACGGGGCCAAGCUGGAAGCCACAGGCCUGAAAGGGAAGCUUAAGAUGCCCAAGUUCGACAAGCCCAAAUUCGGAGUGUCGCUCCCCAAGGCAGAAGUGCCCGAAGGAGAGGUCAGCCUGCCCACCGUGGACGUCGCCCUCCCCUCUGCCACCGUGGAGGGCCCCGCCCUGGGCGUGAAAGCCGACGUCCCCGGUGCCAAAACCGAGGGGGAAGGCUGGAAGCUGGAGAAGCCCUCCCUCAAAAUGCCCAAAGCUGACAUCAAAGCUCCCACGGUGGACAUCAGCCUCCCGUCCGUCGACGUCAGCCUGCCAAAGGCCAGCGUCGACCUGCAGGCUCCCGAGGCCACCCUCACCCUCGAAGGGGAAGCAAAGAUCCCGGAGAAGGAGGCAGGCAAGACCAAGGAUGGCAAGUUCAAGAUGCCCAAGUUUGGCAUGCCUUCCUUUGGCUGGUCCAGCAGCAGAGAGCCCAAGGCCACUGUGGCCGCCGAUGUGGAUGUCAGCCUCAAGGAGCCCCAGGUGACGGUGCCCUCGGGAAGCGCCGACGUGGACGUGACUCUGCCCGGGGCCGAGAUCCAAGCGCCCGGCGUGGAGGUGAGCGUUGAGACGGCCGCCGGAGGAGACGGAGAGAAAGGCCGCUUCAAGAUGCCCAGCGUCAAGCUGCCCAAGGUCAAAGCUCCCCACGUGCAGGUCAGCCUGCCAAAGGCCGAGGUCUCGGUGCCCAAAGCCCGGGCCGAAGUCCAGGAGGGAGAAGUGGCCCUGCAGGCGCCCGACGUGGAGGGCGGCGUGGAGGUGGCUGCCGGCAAGGUUGAGGGCGGCGGCAUGAAAAUACACAUGCCGAAAGUCAAGGUGCCCAGCGUGGUCUUCUCCAAGCCGACCGUCAAGGCUCCCAAACUGGACGCAGACGUCAGCCUGCCCAAAGUUGACACCAGCCUCCCAGAGGCAGACCUCAAGGCCGGCACCGGCGACAUCAGCAUCACGGCCCCCGACAUCAAGCUGCCCUCCGUCGAAGGCUCCCUCGAGCUCCAGGCGCCCGAGAUAGACCUCAAAGGGCCCGCUGCCGAAGCCUCGCUCGACGGGGCCAAGCUGGAAGCCACAGGCCUGAAAGGGAAGCUUAAGAUGCCCAAGUUCGACAAGCCCAAAUUCGGAGUGUCGCUCCCCAAGGCAGAAGUGCCCGAAGGAGAGGUCAGCCUGCCCACCGUGGACGUCGCCCUCCCCUCUGCCACCGUGGAGGGCCCCGCCCUGGGCGUGAAAGCCGACGUCCCCGGUGCCAAAACCGAGGGGGAAGGCUGGAAGCUGGAGAAGCCCUCCCUCAAAAUGCCCAAAGCUGACAUCAAAGCUCCCACGGUGGACAUCAGCCUCCCGUCCGUCGACGUCAGCCUGCCAAAGGCCAGCGUCGACCUGCAGGCUCCCGAGGCCACCCUCACCCUCGAAGGGGAAGCAAAGAUCCCGGAGAAGGAGGCAGGCAAGACCAAGGAUGGCAAGUUCAAGAUGCCCAAGUUUGGCAUGCCUUCCUUUGGCUGGUCCAGCAGCAGAGAGCCCAAGGCCACUGUGGCCGCCGAUGUGGAUGUCAGCCUCAAGGAGCCCCAGGUGACGGUGCCCUCGGGAAGCGCCGACGUGGACGUGACUCUGCCCGGGGCCGAGAUCCAAGCGCCCGGCGUGGAGGUGAGCGUUGAGACGGCCGCCGGAGGAGACGGAGAGAAAGGCCGCUUCAAGAUGCCCAGCGUCAAGCUGCCCAAGGUCAAAGCUCCCCACGUGCAGGUCAGCCUGCCAAAGGCCGAGGUCUCGGUGCCCAAAGCCCAGGCCGAAGUCCAGGAGGGAGAAGUGGCCCUGCAGGCGCCCGACGUGGAGGGCGGCGUGGAGGUGGCUGCCGGCAAGGUUGAGGGCGGCGGCAUGAAAAUACACAUGCCGAAAGUCAAGGUGCCCAGCGUGGUCUUCUCCAAGCCGACCGUCAAGGCUCCCAAACUGGACGCAGACGUCAGCCUGCCCAAAGUUGACACCAGCCUCCCAGAGGCAGACCUCAAGGCCGGCACCGGCGACAUCAGCAUCACGGCCCCCGACAUCAAGCUGCCCUCCGUCGAAGGCUCCCUCGAGCUCCAGGCGCCCGAGAUAGACCUCAAAGGGGCCGCUGCCGAAGCCUCGCUCGACGGGGCCAAGCUGGAAGCCACAGGCCUGAAAGGGAAGCUUAAGAUGCCCAAGUUCGACAAGCCCAAAUUCGGAGUGUCGCUCCCCAAGGCAGAAGUGCCCGAAGGAGAGGUCAGCCUGCCCACCGUGGACGUCGCCCUCCCCUCUGCCACCGUGGAGGGCCCCGCCCUGGGCGUGAAAGCCGACGUCCCCGGUGCCAAAACCGAGGGGGAAGGCUGGAAGCUGGAGAAGCCCUCCCUCAAAAUGCCCAAAGCUGACAUCAAAGCUCCCACGGUGGACAUCAGCCUCCCGUCCGUCGACGUCAGCCUGCCAAAGGCCAGCGUCGACCUGCAGGCUCCCGAGGCCACCCUCACCCUCGAAGGGGAAGCAAAGAUCCCGGAGAAGGAGGCAGGCAAGACCAAGGAUGGCAAGUUCAAGAUGCCCAAGUUUGGCAUGCCUUCCUUUGGCUGGUCCAGCAGCAGAGAGCCCAAGGCCACUGUGGCCGCCGAUGUGGAUGUCAGCCUCAAGGAGCCCCAGGUGACGGUGCCCUCGGGAAGCGCCGACGUGGACGUGACUCUGCCCGGGGCCGAGAUCCAAGCGCCCGGCGUGGAGGUGAGCGUUGAGACGGCCGCCGGAGGAGACGGAGAGAAAGGCCGCUUCAAGAUGCCCAGCGUCAAGCUGCCCAAGGUCAAAGCUCCCCACGUGCAGGUCAGCCUGCCAAAGGCCGAGGUCUCGGUGCCCAAAGCCCAGGCCGAAGUCCAGGAGGGAGAAGUGGCCCUGCAGGCGCCCGACGUGGAGGGCGGCGUGGAGGUGGCUGCCGGCAAGGUUGAGGGCGGCGGCAUGAAAAUACACAUGCCGAAAGUCAAGGUGCCCAGCGUGGUCUUCUCCAAGCCGACCGUCAAGGCUCCCAAACUGGACGCAGACGUCAGCCUGCCCAAAGUUGACACCAGCCUCCCAGAGGCAGACCUCAAGGCCGGCACCGGCGACAUCAGCAUCACGGCCCCCGACAUCAAGCUGCCCUCCGUCGAAGGCUCCCUCGAGCUCCAGGCGCCCGAGAUAGACCUCAAAGGGGCCGCUGCCGAAGCCUCGCUCGACGGGGCCAAGCUGGAAGCCACAGGCCUGAAAGGGAAGCUUAAGAUGCCCAAGUUCGACAAGCCCAAAUUCGGAGUGUCGCUCCCCAAGGCAGAAGUGCCCGAAGGAGAGGUCAGCCUGCCCACCGUGGACGUCGCCCUCCCCUCUGCCACCGUGGAGGGCCCCGCCCUGGGCGUGAAAGCCGACGUCCCCGGUGCCAAAACCGAGGGGGAAGGCUGGAAGCUGGAGAAGCCCUCCCUCAAAAUGCCCAAAGCUGACAUCAAAGCUCCCACGGUGGACAUCAGCCUCCCGUCCGUCGACGUCAGCCUGCCAAAGGCCAGCGUCGACCUGCAGGCUCCCGAGGCCACCCUCACCCUCGAAGGGGAAGCAAAGAUCCCGGAGAAGGAGGCAGGCAAGACCAAGGAUGGCAAGUUCAAGAUGCCCAAGUUUGGCAUGCCUUCCUUUGGCUGGUCCAGCAGCAGAGAGCCCAAGGCCACUGUGGCCGCCGAUGUGGAUGUCAGCCUCAAGGAGCCCCAGGUGACGGUGCCCUCGGGAAGCGCCGACGUGGACGUGACUCUGCCCGGGGCCGAGAUCCAAGCGCCCGGCGUGGAGGUGAGCGUUGAGACGGCCGCCGGAGGAGACGGAGAGAAAGGCCGCUUCAAGAUGCCCAGCGUCAAGCUGCCCAAGGUCAAAGCUCCCCACGUGCAGGUCAGCCUGCCAAAGGCCGAGGUCUCGGUGCCCAAAGCCCAGGCCGAAGUCCAGGAGGGAGAAGUGGCCCUGCAGGCGCCCGACGUGGAGGGCGGCGUGGAGGUGGCUGCCGGCAAGGUUGAGGGCGGCGGCAUGAAAAUACACAUGCCGAAAGUCAAGGUGCCCAGCGUGGUCUUCUCCAAGCCGACCGUCAAGGCUCCCAAACUGGAUGCAGACGUCAGCCUGCCCAAAGUUGACACCAGCCUCCCAGAGGCAGACCUCAAGGCCGGCACCGGCGACAUCAGCAUCACGGCCCCCGACAUCAAGCUGCCCUCCGUCGAAGGCUCCCUCGAGCUCCAGGCGCCCGAGAUAGACCUCAAAGGGGCCGCUGCCGAAGCCUCGCUCGACGGGGCCAAGCUGGAAGCCACAGGCCUGAAAGGGAAGCUUAAGAUGCCCAAGUUCGACAAGCCCAAAUUCGGAGUGUCGCUCCCCAAGGCAGAAGUGCCCGAAGGAGAGGUCAGCCUGCCCACCGUGGACGUCGCCCUCCCCUCUGCCACCGUGGAGGGCCCCGCCCUGGGCGUGAAAGCCGACGUCCCCGGUGCCAAAACCGAGGGGGAAGGCUGGAAGCUGGAGAAGCCCUCCCUCAAAAUGCCCAAAGCUGACAUCAAAGCUCCCACGGUGGACAUCAGCCUCCCGUCCGUCGACGUCAGCCUGCCAAAGGCCAGCGUCGACCUGCAGGCUCCCGAGGCCACCCUCACCCUCGAAGGGGAAGCAAAGAUCCCGGAGAAGGAGGCAGGCAAGACCAAGGAUGGCAAGUUCAAGAUGCCCAAGUUUGGCAUGCCUUCCUUUGGCUGGUCCAGCAGCAGAGAGCCCAAGGCCACUGUGGCCGCCGAUGUGGAUGUCAGCCUCAAGGAGCCCCAGGUGACGGUGCCCUCGGGAAGCGCCGACGUGGACGUGACUCUGCCCGGGGCCGAGAUCCAAGCGCCCGGCGUGGAGGUGAGCGUUGAGACGGCCGCCGGAGGAGACGGAGAGAAAGGCCGCUUCAAGAUGCCCAGCGUCAAGCUGCCCAAGGUCAAAGCUCCCCACGUGCAGGUCAGCCUGCCAAAGGCCGAGGUCUCGGUGCCCAAAGCCCAGGCCGAAGUCCAGGAGGGAGAAGUGGCCCUGCAGGCGCCCGACGUGGAGGGCGGCGUGGAGGUGGCUGCCGGCAAGGUUGAGGGCGGCGGCAUGAAAAUACACAUGCCGAAAGUCAAGGUGCCCAGCGUGGUCUUCUCCAAGCCGACCGUCAAGGCUCCCAAACUGGACGCAGACGUCAGCCUGCCCAAAGUUGACACCAGCCUCCCAGAGGCAGACCUCAAGGCCGGCACCGGCGACAUCAGCAUCACGGCCCCCGACAUCAAGCUGCCCUCCGUCGAAGGCUCCCUCGAGCUCCAGGCGCCCGAGAUAGACCUCAAAGGGCCCGCUGCCGAAGCCUCGCUCGACGGGGCCAAGCUGGAAGCCACAGGCCUGAAAGGGAAGCUUAAGAUGCCCAAGUUCGACAAGCCCAAAUUCGGAGUGUCGCUCCCCAAGGCAGAAGUGCCCGAAGGAGAGGUCAGCCUGCCCACCGUGGACGUCGCCCUCCCCUCUGCCACCGUGGAGGGCCCCGCCCUGGGCGUGAAAGCCGACGUCCCCGGUGCCAAAACCGAGGGGGAAGGCUGGAAGCUGGAGAAGCCCUCCCUCAAAAUGCCCAAAGCUGACAUCAAAGCUCCCACGGUGGACAUCAGCCUCCCGUCCGUCGACGUCAGCCUGCCAAAGGCCAGCGUCGACCUGCAGGCUCCCGAGGCCACCCUCACCCUCGAAGGGGAAGCAAAGAUCCCGGAGAAGGAGGCAGGCAAGACCAAGGAUGGCAAGUUCAAGAUGCCCAAGUUUGGCAUGCCUUCCUUUGGCUGGUCCAGCAGCAGAGAGCCCAAGGCCACUGUGGCCGCCGAUGUGGAUGUCAGCCUCAAGGAGCCCCAGGUGACGGUGCCCUCGGGAAGCGCCGACGUGGACGUGACUCUGCCCGGGGCCGAGAUCCAAGCGCCCGGCGUGGAGGUGAGCGUUGAGACGGCCGCCGGAGGAGACGGAGAGAAAGGCCGCUUCAAGAUGCCCAGCGUCAAGCUGCCCAAGGUCAAAGCUCCCCACGUGCAGGUCAGCCUGCCAAAGGCCGAGGUCUCGGUGCCCAAAGCCCAGGCCGAAGUCCAGGAGGGAGAAGUGGCCCUGCAGGCGCCCGACGUGGAGGGCGGCGUGGAGGUGGCUGCCGGCAAGGUUGAGGGCGGCGGCAUGAAAAUACACAUGCCGAAAGUCAAGGUGCCCAGCGUGGUCUUCUCCAAGCCGACCGUCAAGGCUCCCAAACUGGACGCAGACGUCAGCCUGCCCAAAGUUGACACCAGCCUCCCAGAGGCAGACCUCAAGGCCGGCACCGGCGACAUCAGCAUCACGGCCCCCGACAUCAAGCUGCCCUCCGUCGAAGGCUCCCUCGAGCUCCAGGCGCCCGAGAUAGACCUCAAAGGGGCCGCUGCCGAAGCCUCGCUCGACGGGGCCAAGCUGGAAGCCACAGGCCUGAAAGGGAAGCUUAAGAUGCCCAAGUUCGACAAGCCCAAAUUCGGAGUGUCGCUCCCCAAGGCAGAAGUGCCCGAAGGAGAGGUCAGCCUGCCCACCGUGGACGUCGCCCUCCCCUCUGCCACCGUGGAGGGCCCCGCCCUGGGCGUGAAAGCCGACGUCCCCGGUGCCAAAACCGAGGGGGAAGGCUGGAAGCUGGAGAAGCCCUCCCUCAAAAUGCCCAAAGCUGACAUCAAAGCUCCCACGGUGGACAUCAGCCUCCCGUCCGUCGACGUCAGCCUGCCAAAGGCCAGCGUCGACCUGCAGGCUCCCGAGGCCACCCUCACCCUCGAAGGGGAAGCAAAGAUCCCGGAGAAGGAGGCAGGCAAGACCAAGGAUGGCAAGUUCAAGAUGCCCAAGUUUGGCAUGCCUUCCUUUGGCUGGUCCAGCAGCAGAGAGCCCAAGGCCACUGUGGCCGCCGAUGUGGAUGUCAGCCUCAAGGAGCCCCAGGUGACGGUGCCCUCGGGAAGCGCCGACGUGGACGUGACUCUGCCCGGGGCCGAGAUCCAAGCGCCCGGCGUGGAGGUGAGCGUUGAGACGGCCGCCGGAGGAGACGGAGAGAAAGGCCGCUUCAAGAUGCCCAGCGUCAAGCUGCCCAAGGUCAAAGCUCCCCACGUGCAGGUCAGCCUGCCAAAGGCCGAGGUCUCGGUGCCCAAAGCCCAGGCCGAAGUCCAGGAGGGAGAAGUGGCCCUGCAGGCGCCCGACGUGGAGGGCGGCGUGGAGGUGGCUGCCGGCAAGGUUGAGGGCGGCGGCAUGAAAAUACACAUGCCGAAAGUCAAGGUGCCCAGCGUGGUCUUCUCCAAGCCGACCGUCAAGGCUCCCAAACUGGACGCAGACGUCAGCCUGCCCAAAGUUGACACCAGCCUCCCAGAGGCAGACCUCAAGGCCGGCACCGGCGACAUCAGCAUCACGGCCCCCGACAUCAAGCUGCCCUCCGUCGAAGGCUCCCUCGAGCUCCAGGCGCCCGAGAUAGACCUCAAAGGGGCCGCUGCCGAAGCCUCGCUCGACGGGGCCAAGCUGGAAGCCACAGGCCUGAAAGGGAAGCUUAAGAUGCCCAAGUUCGACAAGCCCAAAUUCGGAGUGUCGCUCCCCAAGGCAGAAGUGCCCGAAGGAGAGGUCAGCCUGCCCACCGUGGACGUCGCCCUCCCCUCUGCCACCGUGGAGGGCCCCGCCCUGGGCGUGAAAGCCGACGUCCCCGGUGCCAAAACCGAGGGGGAAGGCUGGAAGCUGGAGAAGCCCUCCCUCAAAAUGCCCAAAGCUGACAUCAAAGCUCCCACGGUGGACAUCAGCCUCCCGUCCGUCGACGUCAGCCUGCCAAAGGCCAGCGUCGACCUGCAGGCUCCCGAGGCCACCCUCACCCUCGAAGGGGAAGCAAAGAUCCCGGAGAAGGAGGCAGGCAAGACCAAGGAUGGCAAGUUCAAGAUGCCCAAGUUUGGCAUGCCUUCCUUUGGCUGGUCCAGCAGCAGAGAGCCCAAGGCCACUGUGGCCGCCGAUGUGGAUGUCAGCCUCAAGGAGCCCCAGGUGACGGUGCCCUCGGGAAGCGCCGACGUGGACGUGACUCUGCCCGGGGCCGAGAUCCAAGCGCCCGGCGUGGAGGUGAGCGUUGAGACGGCCGCCGGAGGAGACGGAGAGAAAGGCCGCUUCAAGAUGCCCAGCGUCAAGCUGCCCAAGGUCAAAGCUCCCCACGUGCAGGUCAGCCUGCCAAAGGCCGAGGUCUCGGUGCCCAAAGCCCAGGCCGAAGUCCAGGAGGGAGAAGUGGCCCUGCAGGCGCCCGACGUGGAGGGCGGCGUGGAGGUGGCUGCCGGCAAGGUUGAGGGCGGCGGCAUGAAAAUACACAUGCCGAAAGUCAAGGUGCCCAGCGUGGUCUUCUCCAAGCCGACCGUCAAGGCUCCCAAACUGGAUGCAGACGUCAGCCUGCCCAAAGUUGACACCAGCCUCCCAGAGGCAGACCUCAAGGCCGGCACCGGCGACAUCAGCAUCACGGCCCCCGACAUCAAGCUGCCCUCCGUCGAAGGCUCCCUCGAGCUCCAGGCGCCCGAGAUAGACCUCAAAGGGGCCGCUGCCGAAGCCUCGCUCGACGGGGCCAAGCUGGAAGCCACAGGCCUGAAAGGGAAGCUUAAGAUGCCCAAGUUCGACAAGCCCAAAUUCGGAGUGUCGCUCCCCAAGGCAGAAGUGCCCGAAGGAGAGGUCAGCCUGCCCACCGUGGACGUCGCCCUCCCCUCUGCCACCGUGGAGGGCCCCGCCCUGGGCGUGAAAGCCGACGUCCCCGGUGCCAAAACCGAGGGGGAAGGCUGGAAGCUGGAGAAGCCCUCCCUCAAAAUGCCCAAAGCUGACAUCAAAGCUCCCACGGUGGACAUCAGCCUCCCGUCCGUCGACGUCAGCCUGCCAAAGGCCAGCGUCGACCUGCAGGCUCCCGAGGCCACCCUCACCCUCGAAGGGGAAGCAAAGAUCCCGGAGAAGGAGGCAGGCAAGACCAAGGAUGGCAAGUUCAAGAUGCCCAAGUUUGGCAUGCCUUCCUUUGGCUGGUCCAGCAGCAGAGAGCCCAAGGCCACUGUGGCCGCCGAUGUGGAUGUCAGCCUCAAGGAGCCCCAGGUGACGGUGCCCUCGGGAAGCGCCGACGUGGACGUGACUCUGCCCGGGGCCGAGAUCCAAGCGCCCGGCGUGGAGGUGAGCGUUGAGACGGCCGCCGGAGGAGACGGAGAGAAAGGCCGCUUCAAGAUGCCCAGCGUCAAGCUGCCCAAGGUCAAACUGCCCAAGGUCAAAGCUCCCCACGUGCAGGUCAGCCUGCCAAAGGCCGAGGUCUCGGUGCCCAAAGCCCGGGCCGAAGUCCAGGAGGGAGAAGUGGCCCUGCAGGCGCCCGACAUGGAGGGCGGCGUGGAGGUGGCUGCCGGCAAGGUUGAGGGCGGCGGCAUGAAAAUACACAUGCCGAAAGUCAAGGUGCCCAGCGUGGUCUUCUCCAAGCCGACCGUCAAGGCUCCCAAACUGGACGCAGACGUCAGCCUGCCCAAAGUUGACACCAGCCUCCCAGAGGCAGACCUCAAGGCCGGCACCGGCGACAUCAGCAUCACGGCCCCCGACAUCAAGCUGCCCUCCGUCGAAGGCUCCCUCGAGCUCCAGGCGCCCGAGAUAGACCUCAAAGGGGCCGCUGCCGAAGCCUCGCUCGACGGGGCCAAGCUGGAAGCCACAGGCCUGAAAGGGAAGCUUAAGAUGCCCAAGUUCGACAAGCCCAAAUUCGGAGUGUCGCUCCCCAAGGCAGAAGUGCCCGAAGGAGAGGUCAGCCUGCCCACCGUGGACGUCGCCCUCCCCUCUGCCACCGUGGAGGGCCCCGCCCUGGGCGUGAAAGCCGACGUCCCCGGUGCCAAAACCGAGGGGGAAGGCUGGAAGCUGGAGAAGCCCUCCCUCAAAAUGCCCAAAGCUGACAUCAAAGCUCCCACGGUGGACAUCAGCCUCCCGUCCGUCGACGUCAGCCUGCCAAAGGCCAGCGUCGACCUGCAGGCUCCCGAGGCCACCCUCACCCUCGAAGGGGAAGCAAAGAUCCCGGAGAAGGAGGCAGGCAAGACCAAGGAUGGCAAGUUCAAGAUGCCCAAGUUUGGCAUGCCUUCCUUUGGCUGGUCCAGCAGCAGAGAGCCCAAGGCCACUGUGGCCGCCGAUGUGGAUGUCAGCCUCAAGGAGCCCCAGGUGACGGUGCCCUCGGGAAGCGCCGACGUGGACGUGACUCUGCCCGGGGCCGAGAUCCAAGCGCCCGGCGUGGAGGUGAGCGUUGAGACGGCCGCCGGAGGAGACGGAGAGAAAGGCCGCUUCAAGAUGCCCAGCGUCAAGCUGCCCAAGGUCAAAGCUCCCCACGUGCAGGUCAGCCUGCCAAAGGCCGAGGUCUCGGUGCCCAAAGCCCAGGCCGAAGUCCAGGAGGGAGAAGUGGCCCUGCAGGCGCCCGACGUGGAGGGCGGCGUGGAGGUGGCUGCCGGCAAGGUUGAGGGCGGCGGCAUGAAAAUACACAUGCCGAAAGUCAAGGUGCCCAGCGUGGUCUUCUCCAAGCCGACCGUCAAGGCUCCCAAACUGGACGCAGACGUCAGCCUGCCCAAAGUUGACACCAGCCUCCCAGAGGCAGACCUCAAGGCCGGCACCGGCGACAUCAGCAUCACGGCCCCCGACAUCAAGCUGCCCUCCGUCGAAGGCUCCCUCGAGCUCCAGGCGCCCGAGAUAGACCUCAAAGGGGCCGCUGCCGAAGCCUCGCUCGACGGGGCCAAGCUGGAAGCCACAGGCCUGAAAGGGAAGCUUAAGAUGCCCAAGUUCGACAAGCCCAAAUUCGGAGUGUCGCUCCCCAAGGCAGAAGUGCCCGAAGGAGAGGUCAGCCUGCCCACCGUGGACAUCGCCCUCCCCUCUGCCACCGUGGAGGGCCCCGCCCUGGGCGUGAAAGCCGACAUCCCCGGUGCCAAAACCGAGGGGGAAGGCUGGAAGCUGGAGAAGCCCUCCCUCAAAAUGCCCAAAGCUGACAUCAAAGCUCCCACGGUGGACAUCAGCCUCCCGUCCGUCGACGUCAGCCUGCCAAAGGCCAGCGUCGACCUGCAGGCUCCCGAGGCCACCCUCACCCUCGAAGGGGAAGCAAAGAUCCCGGAGAAGGAGGCAGGCAAGACCAAGGAUGGCAAGUUCAAGAUGCCCAAGUUUGGCAUGCCUUCCUUUGGCUGGUCCAGCAGCAGAGAGCCCAAGGCCACUGUGGCCGCCGAUGUGGAUGUCAGCCUCAAGGAGCCCCAGGUGACGGUGCCCUCGGGAAGCGCCGACGUGGACGUGACUCUGCCCGGGGCCGAGAUCCAAGCGCCCGGCGUGGAGGUGAGCGUUGAGACGGCCGCCGGAGGAGACGGAGAGAAAGGCCGCUUCAAGAUGCCCAGCGUCAAGCUGCCCAAGGUCAAAGCUCCCCACGUGCAGGUCAGCCUGCCAAAGGCCGAGGUCUCGGUGCCCAAAGCCCAGGCCGAAGUCCAGGAGGGAGAAGUGGCCCUGCAGGCACCCGACGUGGAGGGCGGCGUGGAGGUGGCUGCCGGCAAGGUUGAGGGCGGCGGCAUGAAAAUACACAUGCCGAAAGUCAAGGUGCCCAGCGUGGUCUUCUCCAAGCCGACCGUCAAGGCUCCCAAACUGGACGCAGACGUCAGCCUGCCCAAAGUUGACACCAGCCUCCCAGAGGCAGACCUCAAGGCCGGCACCGGCGACAUCAGCAUCACGGCCCCCGACAUCAAGCUGCCCUCCGUCGAAGGCUCCCUCGAGCUCCAGGCGCCCGAGAUAGACCUCAAAGGGGCCGCUGCCGAAGCCUCGCUCGACGGGGCCAAGCUGGAAGCCACAGGCCUGAAAGGGAAGCUUAAGAUGCCCAAGUUCGACAAGCCCAAAUUCGGAGUGUCGCUCCCCAAGGCAGAAGUGCCCGAAGGAGAGGUCAGCCUGCCCACCGUGGACGUCGCCCUCCCCUCUGCCACCGUGGAGGGCCCCGCCCUGGGCGUGAAAGCCGACGUCCCCGGUGCCAAAACCGAGGGGGAAGGCUGGAAGCUGGAGAAGCCCUCCCUCAAAAUGCCCAAAGCUGACAUCAAAGCUCCCACGGUGGACAUCAGCCUCCCGUCCGUCGACGUCAGCCUGCCAAAGGCCAGCGUCGACCUGCAGGCUCCCGAGGCCACCCUCACCCUCGAAGGGGAAGCAAAGAUCCCGGAGAAGGAGGCAGGCAAGACCAAGGAUGGCAAGUUCAAGAUGCCCAAGUUUGGCAUGCCUUCCUUUGGCUGGUCCAGCAGCAGAGAGCCCAAGGCCACUGUGGCCGCCGAUGUGGAUGUCAGCCUCAAGGAGCCCCAGGUGACGGUGCCCUCGGGAAGCGCCGACGUGGACGUGACUCUGCCCGGGGCCGAGAUCCAAGCGCCCGGCGUGGAGGUGAGCGUUGAGACGGCCGCCGGAGGAGACGGAGAGAAAGGCCGCUUCAAGAUGCCCAGCGUCAAGCUGCCCAAGGUCAAAGCUCCCCACGUGCAGGUCAGCCUGCCAAAGGCCGAGGUCUCGGUGCCCAAAGCCCAGGCCGAAGUCCAGGAGGGAGAAGUGGCCCUGCAGGCGCCCGACGUGGAGGGCGGCGUGGAGGUGGCUGCCGGCAAGGUUGAGGGCGGCGGCAUGAAAAUACACAUGCCGAAAGUCAAGGUGCCCAGCGUGGUCUUCUCCAAGCCGACCGUCAAGGCUCCCAAACUGGACGCAGACGUCAGCCUGCCCAAAGUUGACACCAGCCUCCCAGAGGCAGACCUCAAGGCCGGCACCGGCGACAUCAGCAUCACGGCCCCCGACAUCAAGCUGCCCUCCGUCGAAGGCUCCCUCGAGCUCCAGGCGCCCGAGAUAGACCUCAAAGGGGCCGCUGCCGAAGCCUCGCUCGACGGGGCCAAGCUGGAAGCCACAGGCCUGAAAGGGAAGCUUAAGAUGCCCAAGUUCGACAAGCCCAAAUUCGGAGUGUCGCUCCCCAAGGCAGAAGUGCCCGAAGGAGAGGUCAGCCUGCCCACCGUGGACGUCGCCCUCCCCUCUGCCACCGUGGAGGGCCCCGCCCUGGGCGUGAAAGCCGACGUCCCCGGUGCCAAAACCGAGGGGGAAGGCUGGAAGCUGGAGAAGCCCUCCCUCAAAAUGCCCAAAGCUGACAUCAAAGCUCCCACGGUGGACAUCAGCCUCCCGUCCGUCGACGUCAGCCUGCCAAAGGCCAGCGUCGACCUGCAGGCUCCCGAGGCCACCCUCACCCUCGAAGGGGAAGCAAAGAUCCCGGAGAAGGAGGCAGGCAAGACCAAGGAUGGCAAGUUCAAGAUGCCCAAGUUUGGCAUGCCUUCCUUUGGCUGGUCCAGCAGCAGAGAGCCCAAGGCCACUGUGGCCGCCGAUGUGGAUGUCAGCCUCAAGGAGCCCCAGGUGACGGUGCCCUCGGGAAGCGCCGACGUGGACGUGACUCUGCCCGGGGCCGAGAUCCAAGCGCCCGGCGUGGAGGUGAGCGUUGAGACGGCCGCCGGAGGAGACGGAGAGAAAGGCCGCUUCAAGAUGCCCAGCGUCAAGCUGCCCAAGGUCAAAGCUCCCCACGUGCAGGUCAGCCUGCCAAAGGCCGAGGUCUCGGUGCCCAAAGCCCAGGCCGAAGUCCAGGAGGGAGAAGUGGCCCUGCAGGCGCCCGACGUGGAGGGCGGCGUGGAGGUGGCUGCCGGCAAGGUUGAGGGCGGCGGCAUGAAAAUACACAUGCCGAAAGUCAAGGUGCCCAGCGUGGUCUUCUCCAAGCCGACCGUCAAGGCUCCCAAACUGGACGCAGACGUCAGCCUGCCCAAAGUUGACACCAGCCUCCCAGAGGCAGACCUCAAGGCCGGCACCGGCGACAUCAGCAUCACGGCCCCCGACAUCAAGCUGCCCUCCGUCGAAGGCUCCCUCGAGCUCCAGGCGCCCGAGAUAGACCUCAAAGGGGCCGCUGCCGAAGCCUCGCUCGACGGGGCCAAGCUGGAAGCCACAGGCCUGAAAGGGAAGCUUAAGAUGCCCAAGUUCGACAAGCCCAAAUUCGGAGUGUCGCUCCCCAAGGCAGAAGUGCCCGAAGGAGAGGUCAGCCUGCCCACCGUGGACGUCGCCCUCCCCUCUGCCACCGUGGAGGGCCCCGCCCUGGGCGUGAAAGCCGACGUCCCCGGUGCCAAAACCGAGGGGGAAGGCUGGAAGCUGGAGAAGCCCUCCCUCAAAAUGCCCAAAGCUGACAUCAAAGCUCCCACGGUGGACAUCAGCCUCCCGUCCGUCGACGUCAGCCUGCCAAAGGCCAGCGUCGACCUGCAGGCUCCCGAGGCCACCCUCACCCUCGAAGGGGAAGCAAAGAUCCCGGAGAAGGAGGCAGGCAAGACCAAGGAUGGCAAGUUCAAGAUGCCCAAGUUUGGCAUGCCUUCCUUUGGCUGGUCCAGCAGCAGAGAGCCCAAGGCCACUGUGGCCGCCGAUGUGGAUGUCAGCCUCAAGGAGCCCCAGGUGACGGUGCCCUCGGGAAGCGCCGACGUGGACGUGACUCUGCCCGGGGCCGAGAUCCAAGCGCCCGGCGUGGAGGUGAGCGUUGAGACGGCCGCCGGAGGAGACGGAGAGAAAGGCCGCUUCAAGAUGCCCAGCGUCAAGCUGCCCAAGGUCAAAGCUCCCCACGUGCAGGUCAGCCUGCCAAAGGCCGAGGUCUCGGUGCCCAAAGCCCAGGCCGAAGUCCAGGAGGGAGAAGUGGCCCUGCAGGCGCCCGACGUGGAGGGCGGCGUGGAGGUGGCUGCCGGCAAGGUUGAGGGCGGCGGCAUGAAAAUACACAUGCCGAAAGUCAAGGUGCCCAGCGUGGUCUUCUCCAAGCCGACCGUCAAGGCUCCCAAACUGGACGCAGACGUCAGCCUGCCCAAAGUUGACACCAGCCUCCCAGAGGCAGACCUCAAGGCCGGCACCGGCGACAUCAGCAUCACGGCCCCCGACAUCAAGCUGCCCUCCGUCGAAGGCUCCCUCGAGCUCCAGGCGCCCGAGAUAGACCUCAAAGGGGCCGCUGCCGAAGCCUCGCUCGACGGGGCCAAGCUGGAAGCCACAGGCCUGAAAGGGAAGCUUAAGAUGCCCAAGUUCGACAAGCCCAAAUUCGGAGUGUCGCUCCCCAAGGCAGAAGUGCCCGAAGGAGAGGUCAGCCUGCCCACCGUGGACAUCGCCCUCCCCUCUGCCACCGUGGAGGGCCCCGCCCUGGGCGUGAAAGCCGACGUCCCCGGUGCCAAAACCGAGGGGGAAGGCUGGAAGCUGGAGAAGCCCUCCCUCAAAAUGCCCAAAGCUGACAUCAAAGCUCCCACGGUGGACAUCAGCCUCCCGUCCGUCGACGUCAGCCUGCCAAAGGCCAGCGUCGACCUGCAGGCUCCCGAGGCCACCCUCACCCUCGAAGGGGAAGCAAAGAUCCCGGAGAAGGAGGCAGGCAAGACCAAGGAUGGCAAGUUCAAGAUGCCCAAGUUUGGCAUGCCUUCCUUUGGCUGGUCCAGCAGCAGAGAGCCCAAGGCCACUGUGGCCGCCGAUGUGGAUGUCAGCCUCAAGGAGCCCCAGGUGACGGUGCCCUCGGGAAGCGCUGACGUGGACGUGACUCUGCCCAGGGCCGAGAUCCAAUCACAUCCUUUUGAAAUUGUCUCAGAUACUUCCAUUGAAAAAGAUUAUGAUAUUGGUAAAGGUAAAAUGUCUUUUUUCAGAAUGCCUAAGGUUUCUCUUUCUAAAAUUUCUAAAUCUGAUUUGCCGACUAUGUCCGUUGUUGAUUAUUCAGUGUCUGAAGAUAAUUUUUAUUCUGUCACAGAGGAAACUCCUUCGGUUCUUUCAGGCAAUAUUCCCUCUGACACUAAAGGAGAUAAUAUCUCUAAAAGUAUGAAAUUCAGAAUUCCUAGCUUGGGUUUCUCUAAAGUUGAUAUUGGUUCACCCAGACUUGAACAUGAUUCCACCUUAUCUACAGCAGAUAUUACUCUUACUAAGUACCAAAUGAAUGUAGAAGGAUCAGAAUCCAAAGUAUUGUCUCCUGCCGAUGAGAAGCUGUCCAUGCCAAAUGCUGAAAUUUUAAUGGUUGAUGAUUCUUUGGAGCAGCGAACUCUGGAAUUAGGACGGAAAACUUCCAUUUCUGAAAUAUGUGUUGGUGACUCAGAGCUUACAGUUAAAUUUCCUAAAUUCCGAAGACCAAAAUUUGGCCCUUCUAUGCCGAAAGGAAAACCGUCAGAUACUGAUGUUGUUUCCAAAGUGGAAGGUGAAUUUUUCAAGGGAAAAAUAACAUCUGAUAUUACUGAUAAACCAACUCAAAUCUCUGAUGCUGAAUUUGAUAUAAAGAUUCAGAAGCCUUCACCUGAAGUUGCUUCAGAUGUACCAGAGUUGGAUGUUGGUCUCCCAUCAAUGGAUGUUAUGAUGCCAAAACUAGAAGUGGGAAGCCGUGACCCAGAUUUAGAGUGCAAGACAGAACAGGAAGUAGUUUCAGGAGAGAAGCACACUGAGGAGAAAGAAAACAAAUUUAAAACAUCAAAAUUCAAAUUACCUUCAUUUAGUUGGUCACCAAAGAAAGAAUCUAUUGCUCCGUCUGAAGCUGAGGUACAUACUGAAGAACCUACUUUGUCUAACGGAUACACAGAAUCAGAAUUAACAAGUGCUGGAAAAGCAUUAAGUGAAAUUCCUGUGGGCGAUGUAGAAAAGAAAAUUGAAGGUCCUGAAGGGAAAGCAAAAAUGUCUAAAUUCCAAAUGCCAAAGUUUGGAAUUGCGCAUUUUAAAGGGAAAGGGUCAGAAAAGGAGAUCAGCCAAUCCAAAUCUGAAGUCAAGCUUCCUCAGCUAAGAGCAAUGGUAGAUAUAGCUGACAUUGCUGUUGAGGCACCAAAUUUGGAGAUGAAAUGUGGUGCAAGAAUGGAAACUGACAGUCCUGAAGUCAAAAUGACCAAAGCCGAUGAAAAAGCACCAGACCUUGAUGCACACCUCCCAUCAGCUGACAUUUCUAUUCUGCAAACAGACAGUGAUAUUCAGGAUUCAGAUGCAGCACCAAAAAUCAAAGGGGAAAUAAAGCAAGAUGGAGAUGGAGAAGAGAAAGAAGGGCAUUUCAAAAUGCCAAAAUUCAAACUUCCAUCCUUCAGUUGGUCACCAAAGAAGGAAGCAAGUGUUAAACCAGAUUCCAGAGCAGCUUUAGAAGAUAAAUCUGCUGUAAUGUCAAGCAGUGCAGAUACAGAAGUGAAAGAAGAAAUUGCAACUGAUGAUCAAGGCGCUGGGCCAGCCCUUGAUCUGGAAAUGUCUGCAGGAAAUGUUGAACAAAAAAGUCCAAUAAAAAAACCUCAAUUUGUAAUGCCUAAAAUUUCUCUCUCCAAGAUCAAGGUUCCCAAAUCUCAUCAUUCAUCAAAAGUUGAAGGUGAUGCCCCCAAAACAGAAAAAGAGAGUGGUGAUUCAAUACAGAUACCUGAUAUAGAAAGAAGUCAUUCUGUCAGGACAGAGGAAGGGACACAAAUAAGCAUAAAGCUGUCUGAUGUUAAGAUCCCCAAAAUAGAAACUGGAGCCUCUCAAAGUGAAAUGGGAGUCAGUUCAGCACAGACUGAUGCUGCUCUGCCUCCCUCAGAGGCAAGUUUUCAACAGGUGGUUGUCCUAAAAUCAAGCUCUACCAAUGAAGAUAUCAUUCAAAAAACAGGUAUAAAGUUCCCAAAAGGAGAAGCUUUGGGUGAACUGAGAAGCCCUGAAAUGGUGACAGAAAGAUCAUCAGUUGUGGAUGGAAGAAAGAAUAAACUGGAAGGUCCUGAAGGGAAGAUCAAAAUGCCCAAAUUCCAGAAGCCAAAGUUUGGAAUCUCUCUAACAAAAGGGAAGGGCCCAGAGACAGAGAUUAGAUCUCCAAAACCAGAAGCUGAGCUACCCCAGCUGAAAGCAACAAAUGAAAUUGCUGAUGUUGCCAUGGAAGUUCCAACAUCAGAACUCACAUCUGAGGUGUCAGAUUCUGGAGUAGGUACUUGCAAAAUAAAAGCACCCCAGUUUCUGACAGCUGGCACUGAAGCUUCAGAGGUAGACAUAAGCUCCCAAUCAGCACCUAAACCAGUGACAGAGGGAGUUAUUGAGAGCCUUGAGGAAAAAGAAAUGGAAUCAAAAGAAGACCAUAAAAUAAAAGCUGAAGAAGUUCAGACUGAAGAACAUCAGGGAUGGUUUAAAAUGCCAAAAUUCAGAAUACCUGUCUUCGGCAGGACAUCUUCAAAGGAAAAAAAGGUUGAUGCUGAUAUUGAAAGUACAACAGUAAAGGCUCAGGUAGGCAUUCCUUCUGCCAAAGUACAAACUGAAACAAGUAUUCCUCAAACCACCUUACCACAUGCCGUUGCUGUGGUUACUACUGAAAAAGAAGAGAUUCCAAAGUCAGGAGCUUCUGUGAAGAGUUCUGGUGUUAGCUCAUCAGUGAUAAAAGGAGAUAUUUCAGUAUCCACAGAAAGAACACAUACAGUGAAUAUUCCAAAAGCUGAAACUUACGCAGACAUAGUUAAGCAUGGUGCUGAAAGACUAAAGACACAUACUUCAGAAUCCACAGUGUCUUCAGCAGAAUCAUCUAAAUCAUACCUAAGUGACUCCGAAAAUCACAAGGAUAGCAGUUUAACAGAUAGCUCUCCUAUGUGUACUCUGACUCUUCCAGAGCAUAAAGUCAAAUCACAGUAUAUUGAGGGCCCAAAAGUAGAACAUUCCAUGAAGUCAGAGACUUCAGGAGUAGGACAUAAACUACCAUCAGGUGAAAUGAUUCUGGAUGCAACAGAGGAGAAAGUAGAUGCUAGUCUUCCAAAAGGAAAGCUGGAUGUUCAGAAUCAAGAGGCAGUAGUUGGCAAAGGAAAGAUAAAGGGUGAGAUGAAAACAAUAGCAGAACACAGUGAAGGAAGCCAGUUAAAAAGGCCUAUGAGUGAAUGGUCUACAAUGAAAGGAACACAAGAAGGUGUUUUUGUUACAGCUAAGAUGGACGAUGUAAAGGUAGAAGUUCCAGGAGUGAAGAUGGCUGUUAAAAUUGGUAGAGUAGAUCCUGAAAUGAAAUUUCAAGUGAAAACUGUUGAAAGGGACACGUCUGCAAGGGUGGAAGUGCAAGUCGAAGACAAAGCAGAAACAAGUAAAAUUAAACCAUACAAGUUUAAGAUUCCAAAGUUUGGGGUCUUACAUUCAGAAGUGAAGGGUUUAGAAGAGGAUACAAGUUUGCCAAAUUCAGAGGCUGAUCCAGUAUCCAAGAUUGAAAUAGGGACAGCAGAAAUGGAGUUUCAAAAGUCAACAGGAUCUGCUAGCCUGAGAAGUUCAGCUCUAGAUCACAUGGAAGCAUCUCCCAGAAUAACAGUGGAAACACUGGACAAAUCAGAAGAUGGCCCAGAAGUAAAUAUAAAAAUUCCCAAACUAAAAAUACCAAAAUUCACUUUCAGAGCUCUCCCAACUGAAGCUGGUGUUUCAGUGUCAAAAGUGGUAACAGAUACAAAGGGAUCUAGUGCUGACAGCGAAGUAGUAAAACUGCAAGCUAUGCCUGAUGGAACACCAGAGGUUCUAGAGGGCAGUAUUCAGAAAGCAAAAAGCAAAAUUCUAACAUUGACUGAACCUGACAUCAAAACAGCACAGAUGACUACUACCACAGAGUCUUCCCUUUCAAACACAAAGCAAGACAUUCAUUGGUCAUAUGUAGAGGGCCAAGAAAUGGGUGAGAAAGUAGAACCUGAACAUGUUGCUAUUGAGAGGUGUGAAAUUUAUACUACUGAAAUACUGAAAGAAUCAGAGGUUCUCUCAUCAGAAGUGAAAACUGCUACUUUGGGAUUCUCAUUGAUCAAGACGAAGUUGCCUGAGUCACAUAGCAACUUAGAAGUGCUAGUCCAGCAGUCAUCUCCCAUGGAAGAUGUAGCAGUGAGCAAGUCUGCACGUGCUGAUGAAAGCUUCAGAGUAACAGCACAGACUGGCAGUGCUGAGCCUAAACUGCCUGACAAAUCACGCACUGAUACUAAAGAAUUUAGUGGAGAAGUAAGUUUGCCAAAGUUGAAAGAAUUUGCUGCUGAAGGAAAGCCUUCCAGUAAAAUUGAAGAGAAUCUUCCUAAAUCACCAGCGGGAGUAACUGUGUGCCCUUCCUCUAAAGGUGAGGAUGCAACUGAAGCACUAGAAGAUGAAGAAAAAGAUGUAACCAAUGAAAAAGAAAAGACUGAUAGUAAAAGAUCUCCUGGAAGAUUCAAAUUUUGGCUUCCAAGUAUUGGCUUUUCAUCCUCUAGUGAUGAAACCAGCAUAGAUUCAAAAACAGAAGUGAAGAAAUCCGUUCCAGAGGAUGCGAAACCUGCUGACACAUCGGAUAAUGAUUCCUCUAAGCCAGCUGAAAAAACUGGAUGGUUUAGAUUUCCCAAGCUUGGUUUCUCAUCUCCUACCAAAAAAGUUAAGAUUGUUGACAGAGAAGAUAUGGGUCAUAAAGAGGGAAGAAUCUCAGAGGAAGACAGCCCAUCAGAUAAACCUGAGGUAUUCUUUGAUGCACAAGAAAGCUUAUCACCUAAAGAAAUAACAGAGAGCAAAAGGAUUGAAACAGACGGGGCCUCAUCUAGCAUUCCAGCUUCUCGAGCUAUUGUGACAUCUUCAGCAAGAACUGAGCUAAUCUUGUUGGAGGAAGAAAAAGAGAGUCAAUCGACUGUUCCUGGAUUACCAGCCAAGUGAACAUUGUCUUCACUCAACCCUCAAUGAAAAUAACCUACAUGUACAGAGAGAAUGUUUUAUUAGUUUUCUAGUAACUGAAAAUUAAACAAAAGUCAAAGCUGGUAUUCAUGAAAGCAGUCAAACAGAAUUUAACACAUUUAAAUUAUCAAGCACAUGG